UCCACGUGCCUCCAAACGUCACGUGACGCGGCCGUAUCCUAGGAGACGGAGUGUAUUCUUCCGGGUUGGGAUCCAGCGACAACAACACGCCCACGAGCCGAGGAAAAGCGGAUUAAAGUCCCCGUGAGAGGCGAGAGAUGGCGGGGGAGGUGGAAGACGACGUUCCCGAGUCUGGAGCAGUUUUCACUUUCGGGAAAAGCAAAUUUUCGGACAAUGUUCCGAGUAAGUUUUGGUUAAAAAACGACGUCCCGCAGAAAAUCUCAUGUGGAGAUGAACACACCGCCUUCAUCACUGAAAACGGGAAGCUGUUUAUUUUCGGGAGUAAUAACUGGGGCCAGCUCGGUCUGGGCUCCAAAACCACCGUGAACAAACCCACGUGUGUUAAAGCUCUGAAAUCAGAAAGACUUCACCUAGUGGCGUGUGGGAGGAACCACACACUUGUAUGCACAGUCGACGGGAAACUUUUUGCGAGCGGUGGAAACGGUGAGGGGCAGCUCGGGGUUGGAGACUGUGACGAACACACGACGUUCCACAGAAUCAACUUCCCCUCUCACGGACCAAUCAGAAUGCUCGCUGCCGGCUCGAAUACGUCCGCUGCACUCACAGAAAGUGGGAAGCUCUUCAUGUGGGGCGAUAACUCCGAGGGUCAGAUCGGACUCGGCAAACAGAGCCACGCCUCCACCCCCCAGGAAGUGUCUGUGGGAAAACCAGUGAGCGCCGUGUCCUGUGGAUACUACCACUCCGCCCUCAUCACAGAUGACGGGGGCCUGUACACGUUUGGGGAGAGGGACUGUGGGAAACUGGGCCUGAGCACGGACCAGCUGGCCGGACACAGACUCCCCCAGAGAGUCAAAGCCAUCACAGACCCGGUGAGACAGGUUUGCUGCGGAGGAGGCCAUACUGUAGCCCUCACAGAUGAAGACGUGUACACUUUCGGCCUGGGUCAGUACGGGCAGCUGGGACACGGCACAUUCAUUUUUGAGUCUCGACUUCCGCGCCACGUGGAGCAUUUUAAAAAAGGCAGAGUUUGCGACGUGAGCUGCGGAGAGAACCACACGGCGGUCAUCACAGACAGUGGUUUGCUGUACACGUUUGGAGACGGCCGACACGGGAAGCUCGCUCUGGGAGAGGAGAACUUCACCAACCAGUUUAAGCCCACGCUGUGUCCGCGCUUCCUCAAGUUCAUCGUUCGAGCCGUGUCGUGCGGAGGGUGUCACAUGGUGGUUCUGGCGCGGCCCCGGCAGGACUCGGAGCUGGAGCUGAGUCUGGAGGAGGACGACAGCACGGAGGACUUCCUGGAGAGGCCCUACGUGGAGCUGUUGGGCCACACCACGGACUCCUCGUGCCUGAGCAGGAGCCUCUCUGCUCGGGUGCGGCGCCGCGAGAGGGAGAGAUCUCCAGAACAGUUUGGAUCUAUUUUCCGAAGUCUUCCCAUGUCCGUGACCACGACCGGGUUCCUGCCUCCCCUUUCCACCAAUCAGACGCUUCUCCAGCCUCCGACAGCCAAUCAGAAGCACCGACCGCCCGCAGAGGAAAAGAGAAAGGUGCAGAGCGGCACACGGCAGCAGGAGGACGCAGCCAGUAUCGCCGAGAGCGCGACGGACACCGAGAGCCUGGCCGGUUUGGGAGACACCACAGAUUUCCUCAACAUGACUCACGUGAUGGAGAUGGACCCUGGUGAUAAAACUCUCACUCUGUCUCCAGUGCAGAAGAGGUGGCGCCAGAGAAAUUCAGAGGAGCCGGAGGGAAGAAGAGAAGAGCAAGACGAGGAGGAGGAGGAUGAAGAGGAGGAAGAGCAGGAAGAUGGAGAGAAAGACGAGGACGGAGAAGAGGAAGAAGAGGAGGAGGAGGAGAGAGAUGAAGAGGAGUCCAGAACAGACGAGAGUUUGGACGAGUCAGAGCAAACUCCCGUCCAGGAAACAUUUGUGCAGAAAUCUGACGAGGAAAAGUCGACUCAGGAGGAAGAACAGAAAGAAACUGACGGAGCUGAAGAAGCGACGCCCAAAGACGAAGAGCAGAACGACGAGAUCGUCCAACCGACCAAUGAGACGACAGACGGCGUCGCCAACAGCCAAUCAGGACGCUCCAAGAAGUUGUCUCUGUUCAGAAAACUUUCCUUCUCUCGCUCGAAGCCGUCCUCCGACAAAGACCCGGCCGCUCCUCCAGACGCCCCCGCUGCCGCUGCUCCCGCCGCUCCCGCCUCCGCCCCAGCAGAGGGCGCCGUCAGCGGGGACGCACGACCGGCACAAGCCCCCGAGCACACGAACAGAACCAGCUCCAGACGGAACAACACGUCCGGGGCCUGUGCGCUGCUCUGAGCCCCGGAGAGAGGGACGGAGGGAAAACACACGACGAUUUGGAAAGCACAAUAAAAAAGAUCAUUUGUUUUCUUUCAGAUCUCAUGACAAACGCGAUUCACCUUUUAGAGAAAACUCAGAACAUGUUUGUAGAGCUCGAAAACUACAGGACCC